AUGGAGGAGAUCAUUGGAGGUCAUGAAGCACAGCCUCAUUCACGACCAUACAUGGCACUUGUUGAGUUAACUCAUGAUGGCAAGGAGGAAGAGUGUGGUGGUUUCCUGGUGGAAGAAGAUAUUGUCCUGACAGCAGCUCACUGCUGGGGAAGCCCCAUGAGUGUCAUCUUGGGGGUCCAUGAUAUUAAGUUUCAAGAAAAGACAUGGCAGAAAAUUCCUGUGAAAAAAGCCAUUGCCCACCCUAACUUUAACAACGGGUCUGGUAGAAAUGACAUCAUGAUAUUACAGCUGAACAGGAAGGCCAAACUGACUGCAGCUGUGGGCCUAAUCCGCCUGCCUGGAGAAAGUGACUAUGUGAGGCCUGGGCAGGUGUGCAGUGUGGCUGGCUGGGGCAAUAUCUCUGACAGUGAAAUAACAAGCAAGCUGCAUGAGGUGGAUCUUGUCAUUCAGGAGGACUUCCAGUGUGAGUGCCGCAUGCCGUAUUAUGACAGGACCACUGAGCUGUGUGCGGGAGACCCUCAGAAAAAGAUGUGUCCCUCUCUGGGAGACUCUGGAGAUCCCUUGAUAUGUAAAAAUGUAGCCCAGGGCAUUGUCUCCUCUGGAAGUGAAAAAGGAACUCCACCAAGUAUUUUCACCAAAAUAUCCAGUUUCUCACCCUGGAUAAAGAAAACAAUAAAAUAUCUCCAAUUGGAAGAAUCACCCUGA